GCAAGAAUAUAAAGGGUCAUCAUUUUCCUCUCUCCUGGCAUCUCUCCUCUGUUUGGUUGGUGUGUGAGAAAGAGGCAUAGUAAGUUUGACAGAGAUAGGGUCAAGACAGGGCUUUGCGAUGAAGACCUGUGUCCUGUUCCUGCUGGUAGUGGGGAGCGUCUACAGUGCACCAGUUGAGCAGGGUGGCAUCCAGCCAGGUUCCUGUGAAGAUCCAUCAGCUGUGAGCGCUUCUCAUUUAGCUCUCAGCAAGAUCAACCUUGAUCGAGUGGAUGGCUACGUCUUCAGCCUGCACCAGCUUUCCAAUGUCCACCUGGAUAGACAUGGAGAAAACGGAGUAGUUUAUUAUCUGACUCUGGAUGUAGUGGAGACCAACUGCAGUGUUCUCAGUAGAAGGGACUGGAAGCAAUGCGAGGCUCGUCCCGAAACUCAGAUGCCGGUGUAUGGGCAAUGCAAGGCUGCCAUCUACAUCAAUAAGCCACACAGAGUGGUUCGUCUCUACAAAUACAACUGUGUUAUUAGGCCGGUUCCUGCAGCCAGGGUGACAGAGAUUUGCCCCGACUGUCCAACUUUCAUCAGCUUUGGCACCGAACAGGUCCAGAAGACUGUGUCUCGAUCACUGGAGAAGUUCAACAAUGAAAGUGGACUGAACAAUCAUUUUGCUCUGCUCAAAAUCUUACGCGCUUCUGCCGGCAUGGCAAUGGACAUGUAUUACAAUGUGGAGUACACUAUUCAGGAGACUGUUUGCGGAAAGUUUAAACAGUCACCAGCAGGUGAAAAGUGUCCUAUCAUGACAUGCGAAUUCUCACACAAGGGCUUCUGUAAGGCAUCUCUCAUAAACACCCCAGCUGCUGAUGAAGACAUUAGUGUAGAGUGUGAAAUCUAUGAGCAAGAGGCUGCUGAAAGAGAAAAAGUACAACAUCUGCUGGGUGAUGCAACUGACCACCCACACAAUGACACACACAGACAUGAACAUGGAAAGGGCCAUGACCAUGACAAAGAGCAUGGCAAAGGUCACUCACGUGGACAUGGGCAUAGACAUGGUCAGGGCAGGAGCCACGAACAUGGUCAGGGCAGGAGAGGCGAACACGGUCAUCAUGGCGGGAGCCAUGAACAUGGUCAGGGCAGGGGCCGCGGACACGGUCAUCAUAACAGGAGCCGCGAACACGGUCAUCAUGGCGGGAGCCAUGACCAUGACCAUGAGCAUAACCAUACUCACCUGCAUGAGCAUGAACAUCACCACCAUCACCACUUGCAUGAGCAUCAGACCAAACAACACAAACCAGAAGGCUUGAUAAGGACUCUGCCUGCCAUUGACCAACCAAUGAUCCUGCCUUCCUUCCCCGACGUUCCCGCAGGUGGGCCUGAAGUUGGAGUCACUCUGCCCCUCAAACCUGACCCCAGUAUUCCGGGACAGACUGAACCAACCAUCCUGCCCUUCCCUACCUCUCGCUCAGCAGAGUGUGCCAAUCCAACAGAAGGAAAGAGUCUAGUGAACAAACUCUUUUUAGAGGAUCCCUUGUUCAAGCCUGCUGCAUGAUGGGACUUAACUGCUCCUGAAAGAGAGCAAAACUUCUGAGAGAAUUCAGAUACUAAUUGUCUAAGUAUUGUAACAACUACUUUUCCUGGUCAUUAUUGAAUACAUAACUUGUGAAAUGCCACCUAUUUGACCAUUUAAUAAAGACAAAGUGUAUAAAAAUAAACUUCUUUUAAUUUG